AUGUGGGGAAACUUGAUCGUUCUUGGACUGUGGGUGAUGUACGUCGUCUCGUCCGAGCUCCAGAUCCAAAAGAACUGCAUCUUCACGGGAGAAAACAGCAUGGAAGGAUUCGGCCAGAUCACUGCUUUGCUACUGGCGCUCACGCCUGUCUGGAGCCUCACCGUCGCAAUGUACAAGUACCCGUCGUGGCUACGCAAGCAGGAGCACCGCCGACAGGAGGCGCAGCGCCUGCUCGGAGGGCACGACGAUGAGGGAUCGGCGAGGCCAUCAUUUGAGGCACGGCCUGCAGGACGAACUGAAGAUGCGGUGGACCCGGAAGCAGCUGUGAACGCGGAUGGCCAAGCACAGCCUCUCGUACAUCCUCCGUCUCAGUCUGCUGGCCAUUCACUAGACGUAGAGAUGCGUGGCGAGUCUCCCACUAAUGCUCUGCGUCGCCCCACGACGCUGGACGAGACGGACCCAUCCCAUCAGCUGGAUCCGUCCCACCAGCUUGAUGCACCUGUUGUCAUUACCGUUCCAGCGUUAGAUUCGAGGUCGGACUUCGGAGAGUGGUUGGAAAUGAGAUACCUUCCGGUGCUGUAG